UGUUGUUGUUGUUUUUUUUUGCUCUAUAUGUCAAUUAAGUCCAAGUGAAGGCAUGAAUCACAUUUGUAAUAGUUCUAGUAAAGUAUUUCAAUAGUCAAGGAAUGUGGCCUGUUGAGCUAAAAGUUAUGCCAUACAUGAAAGGGAAAUAUAGUUAUUUUUGCUCAGAACAAUAACUUUCAGAAUUAAGAAAUAUAUAUUUCAUAGGUCUACUUGUACAACAUGUAGAAUGGAGUUAUUUUUCCUAUGUAAAGCGUAAUGGUAUGAUAAAAAAACAAGUACGAUAUUCACUCACAAGUUACUUUUUAGCCUGGUAUAACUUCUGGCCGCAGGAAAUCUUUCGACUUGUUGUACUAUUGGAAAACAUGGUUAAGAACAAUACCAGUAUACUCUACUUCCUGUGUAUAAAGGUAUAUAAUAUUUUGUUUACUGCGAGACGUCCUAUAAUAAUAAAGGCUUUGAGAAGUUUUAUGAAAGGAUUUAUAAAAACGUAAAAUGCUCACUUACGCAGUUAUUUGAUACUUUAAAGUAACGAACAAGGAUAGUAAGAUCGAGUUCUUUAUAUUUCGCUGCAGUAUACUGUAGAUAAUAUAGACAUACUAUCGGUAAUCAACUGUGCAGAUCAUAACACAUAUCUACUUGGUUAUCUUUUAUUACACAUGGAUGGAAAAGGAAACUUGGAUAAUGAAACAAAAUGGGCAAAAGAAGCUAGAACGGCACCGCCGGAUGGUGGGUGGGGUUGGGUUAUUGUAUUCGCAGUGUUUACUGGAAAUUGCCUCAUGGAUGGUUGUAUAGGAUCUUAUGGUAUAUUCUACCCGGAGAUACUUAAAGCUUUUGAUGCGGGACCAGUCGUUACAUCUAUGGCUGGGUCUCUACUACCGGCAGUAUAUAUGAUAUCAAGUCCUGUAGUCGGUAGCCUAAACCUGAGGUAUGGCAGCCGACCGGUGUGUUUUGUAGGUGGAUGUAUUGGUGGUGCGGGACUGAUCUUAGCCUCCUUGUCUGACAACAUUGCUGUUUUUAUGAUCACCUUUGGUGUCAUCGUAGGAACUGGAAUUGGUAUGAACUUCCUUCCCGGACACGUGAUCACAAACAAUUACUUCGAGAAAAAGCGUGGUAUAGCUGGUGGGAUCGUGUGUGCAGGAGCUGGGUUUGGUGUGUUCAUUUUAGCGCCCAUAUUUCAGCUGAUACUCUCUGAAUAUGGCUGGAGGGGUGCUAUGCUUAUUACAUCAGGAAUCUUUAUGCAGCUCUGUGUCUGCUCUACACUAAUGAGACCACUUCGAAAACAAACGACUAGAGCAGACGAUCAUAACAAGAAUGUAGAAACAAGUGAUAUGAAUGAAAGGGAUCCUAUGUUUAAAACUGACUCCCUAACAGUAACCGAGAAACCCGCUAAACCUGAUAAAGAAGUCCAAGAUAAAUACAAGAUAACAGAAAAUGGAAACAAAGGAAGUGAACAAGAAAUGCUCAGGUUUUUCAAAGAAAGUCAAAAAGACCCAUUGAUGAGACUAAAACUAAGAGAAAAAAGUUCUAGUGAAGACACCCUAAAUAUUAAUAAUAAACGUGUAAAUAACUGUACUGAUGUUAAUAUUGUUGCAAAAUCUCUUCAGCAUAUACCAAAAGAUCAUAGUUACACUAUGCAUACAAAUUUAUCGAACUCUCAGUUUAUAGAGCCAGUGGCUUUACUUGCUCAAAGUCAACAAAUCGUCCAAGGGAACCAGACUGAUACGGACAAUAAUCAUGAAAUACACACAAAUGUCAAGGAAGGUCUUCGUGCUUGGAGAAUCGUGUCAUGUGACACAUCAAUAUUCAGGAACAAAAACUAUAUUCCGUUGUUACUGGGUGGUAUAUUUAUACAGAUGGGUCAGUUUAUUCCCAACACGUUUCUUCCAGAUUAUUGUCAGACCAUUGGACUAGAUGGGGAACAGAUAUCAAUUAUAAUGGCUAUAUAUGGUGGUGUGAAUAUAUUUGGUCGCCUGUCGGCAGGGUGCUUAGCUAACUUGAAGCGUACCGACGCACUAUGGCUGUGCAAUAUGGGAAUGUUUAUGUGUGGAAUAGGAUGCGCUUUAUUUUCUUUAUGCAACACUUUUGCUUCUCUAUGCAUAUAUGCUGUUGGAGUUGGGUAUUUUAUUGGAUAUUUUCCACCUCUGCAAAUUCUCAUAAUGGUUGAGUACCUUGGUAUUGACAAGCUCUCAUCAUCGCUUGGCUUUCUGCAAAUGGCCAAAGGUCCAGCUGCUUUAUUUGGCCCACCCCUUGCAGGUUUAGUGUACCAAUACAGUAAGGACUAUGCAAUGUCUCUUGGCUUUGCCGCCAUAUUGUUUUUCCUUGCUGCAGGGAUACAGUCGCUGGUUCCGAUCUCAAACAUGUGUUCAACGAUUGGCAAAGGAACCAAAAUGAAUAAUGAACUAGAAAUUGAUGUGCAUUAAGCAAUUUGUCUUCUGGAUUUGUCGUGAUAUUACUAUUUCCUUGUUUGGAAACAGGUGCUUGUUUCAAUCUAAAAUGUGCUCAAAUGUUAAGAGAAUAAUGAUGUAGAUAUAAUUCUUGUCUGUCCUAGUUUUGCAGACAAAGUACUGUGUCAUCUCUAACGUCUUGUGAUGUUAUUACAGACGCUUAAUAUUAUUCAAGUUCUUGAAAUGUAAUCAUUAUCAUGCUGCUUAAAACAUAUCAUUUAAAGAAAAGUGAUGCUAUAAACGGACAUCCAUGUCGAGCCAUUUACUAUUGUUUACAUUGUAUGUAAGAUAUUGCUACUCAUUAAUCAUGAAAAUGAUAAUUUAACACAAAAUAUCUUAUGUUUAAAUGCUCAUUUUACUCAGUACAGUUUAUCGGUGAAUGCUGAUAACAUGUCGAAUUAGGUAUUGACUACGCAAGUAAAAAAUAAACUGAACAAAAACUACAA